UUUUUAUUUAGGUAUGUAAGUUUAGUGAGGUACAAGUCGCGUUGGGAUUCAGUUCUGUGCGCGGGAGUGUGUGUUGUUUAAUGUUCAUUUAUGUUGUAAUAAUCGGAAUCAUUUUUAGCUUUUUAUUGAAAUUUGUGUUCGGGGAACGCUGGGAACAAGAAGGUACUCCCAUGGCAGACAACCAGGAGCAGCGCUGCUCUUCCAGUGAGAGCGACAACUUCGAGAAGAUUGACUCCGACGAAGUCCGGCAGGAUGAAAACGGCGACCCAGUUACCUUCAAAGUGGGCGACGAAGACCCAGACCCAGGGUUGGAUGAACCAGCCCACGAGGGUAGAGACACCUUUCCUAACGCACCCACACCUAACAUACGCAGACCGCUGACGGUGGCUCAACAACUGGCACUUGCUGAGAGGAGAAGUAAGCUACGGCCUUCUAUGUCCCAGGGGACUGUGAUCCACAGCCAGCGAUUCCAAGAGAAGGAUUUCACUAUCGCCACACCCGAAGAGUUUGUGCGACGGUUUCAAGGCACCAAACCUAUUAACAAGGUUCUGAUCGCUAACAACGGUAUCGGCGCCGUAAAAUGCAUGCGAUCAAUCAGAAGAUGGUCGUACGAAAUGUUCAAGAACGAACGCGCGGUUCGCUUCGUCGUUAUGGUGACGCCCGAAGACUUGAAAGCCAACGCAGAGUACAUAAAGAUGGCCGACCACUAUGUGCCCGUGCCUGGCGGGUCCAACAACAACAACUAUGCCAACGUAGAACUUAUUGUGGACAUCGCUGUGAGGACGCAAGUGCAGGCUGUCUGGGCCGGUUGGGGGCAUGCUUCCGAGAAUCCCAAACUGCCGGAACUACUCCACCGAGCGGGCGUGGUCUUCAUAGGACCACCAGAGAAGGCCAUGUGGGCUUUAGGAGACAAAAUUGCGUCGUCCAUCGUCGCCCAGACUGCUGAAAUUCCCACGCUGCCUUGGAGCGGAAGCGAACUAAAGGCCGAGUACAACACCAAGAAAAUCAAGAUAUCUUCGGAACUGUUCGCCCGCGGUUGUGUCACCACGCCCGAGCAGGGGUUGCAGGCUGCACAUAAGAUUGGGUUCCCCGUGAUGAUAAAGGCCUCCGAAGGUGGAGGUGGUAAAGGCAUCAGGAAGGUCGAGAACCCCGACGAUUUCAACAACAUGUUUAGACAGGUGCAAGCCGAGGUGCCCGGCUCGCCAAUAUUCGUGAUGAGACUGGCCAGGUCUGCCCGUCACUUGGAAGUCCAGUUGUUGGCUGAUCAGUACGGUAACGCGAUAUCUCUGUUCGGUCGCGACUGCUCCAUCCAGCGUCGUCAUCAGAAGAUCAUUGAGGAAGCCCCUGCCGCCAUAGCCAAGCCUGAAGUCUUCAUUGAAAUGGAAAAGGCCGCCGUCCGCCUAGCCAAGAUGGUCGGCUACGUCAGCGCCGGAACAGUAGAAUACCUGUACGAGCCGGCCACAGGCCAGUACUACUUCCUGGAGCUGAAUCCGCGGCUGCAGGUCGAGCAUCCGUGCACUGAGAUGGUGGCCGACGUCAACCUGCCCGCCGCGCAGCUGCAGAUCGCCAUGGGUCUCCCUCUGUACCACAUCAAAGACAUCCGCCUCCUCUACGGGGAAUCCCCAUGGGGCAUGACCCAGCUGGAUUUCGACGAGCCCAAGCAAAGACCUUCACCAUGGGGCCACGUCAUCGCAGCUAGGAUCACCUCGGAGAACCCUGAUGAAGGUUUCAAGCCAUCGUCUGGUACAGUGCAAGAGCUGAACUUCAGGUCUUCUAAGAACGUGUGGGGUUACUUCAGUGUGGCCGCUUCUGGUGGCCUCCACGAGUUCGCCGAUUCUCAGUUCGGACACUGCUUCUCUUGGGGCGAGACUAGGGAGCAAGCUAGAGAAAACCUGGUCAUAGCCCUUAAAGAGCUGAGCAUCCGCGGCGACUUCCGCACCACCGUCGAGUACCUCAUCACGCUGCUGGAGACGGCCUCCUUCCAGGAGAACAACAUCGACACCAGCUGGCUGGACGCGCUUAUUGCUGAGCGGGUACAAUCAGAGAAGCCGGACAUCAUGCUCGGAGUCCUCUGCGGAUCCAUUCUGAUCGCAGACAGCAUCAUCACAGCGCACCUGCAGGAGUUCAAGAGCGGCCUUGAGAAGGGUCAAAUCCAAGGGUCCAGUCAGCUAUCCAACUGCGUAGACGUGGAGCUGAUCCACACGGGAUCCAAGUACAAGGUCACAGCUACCAAGUCGGGGCCCACUUCUUAUUUCCUCGCCAUGAAUGGUAGCUUUAAGGAGUUGGAGGUGCAUAAGCUCACUGAUGGGGGCACUCUCUUAUCAGUUGACGGCGCGUCCUUCACCACCUACCUAAAAGACGAGGUAGACAAAUACCGCAUAGUCAUCGGCAACCAGACGGUCGUCUUUGAGAAGGAGAAAGACCCGUCUAAACUCAGAGCGCCAUCUGCCGGGAAACUGAUCAACACGCUGGUGGAAGAUGGCGGCCAUGUGGAAAAGGGACAGCCGUACGCUGAGAUUGAGGUGAUGAAAAUGGUGAUGACUCUGUCCGCGCCCGAAUCCGGAAAGGUGACGUGGAACAUCCGCCCUGGCGCUGUGUUGGAUAUGGGGACUCUUAUGGGAACCCUUGAACUCGACGACCCGUCCCUAGUGACGACAGCCGUGCCAUACAAGGGCCAGUUCCCGAUGGAAGACAACCCGCCAGUGUCGGAGAAACUGAAUCAUGCCCACAACAAAUACAGGGCCAUACUCGAAAACACGCUCGCUGGCUACUGUCUUCCCGAGCCCUACAACACGCCUCGCCUCCGCGAAGUCGUCGAGAAAUUCAUGCAGAGUCUACGCGACCCGUCGCUACCGCUGCUGGAGUUGCAAGAGGUUCUAUCUUCAACUUCCGGCCGAAUCCCCAUCGCUGUGGAGAAGAAAGUGCGCAAACUGAUGGCGCUAUACGAAAGAAACAUCACGUCCGUGCUAGCUCAAUUCCCUAGCCAGCAAAUUGCUAGCGUUAUUGACCAUCACGCCGCCUCUCUAGCUAAGAGGCAAGACAGAGACGUAUUCUUCAUGAGCACACAAGCACUGGUGGUCUUAGUGCAGAGAUACAGAAACGGCAUCCGUGGACGUAUGAAGGCAGCCGUCCAUGAUCUACUCAAGCUAUACUAUCAGGUGGAGAGCCAUUUCCAGCUCGGUGCAUACGACAAAUGCGUGGUGGCUCUGAGGGACCGCUACAAGGACGAUAUGCAGACCGUAGCCAACAUCAUAUUCUCGCACAACCAGGUGCCGAAGAAGAAUCUACUGGUGACCCUGCUUAUCGACCACUUGUGGUCUAACGAGCCUGGUCUGACUGAUGAACUGGCAGCGACCCUCAACGAACUGACGUCACUGCACCGAGCCGAGCACAGCCGAGUCGCACUUAGAGCGAGACAGGUCCUCAUAGCAGCCCACCAGCCGGCCUACGAACUCCGCCACAAUCAGAUGGAGUCUAUAUUCCUUUCCGCCGUCGACAUGUAUGGACAUGAUUUCCACCCUGAGAACCUUCAGAAGCUUAUACUGUCCGAGACGUCCAUCUUCGAUAUACUCCACGACUUCUUCUACCACACUAAUGCAGCUGUAUGCAACGCGGCGUUAGAAGUGUACGUUCGCCGCGCUUACACGUCGUAUGAGAUACAGUGCUUACAACACCUCGCGCUGUCGGGAGAGCUGGGAGUUGUGCACUUCCAGUUCGUGCUGCCUACCGGACACCCUAACAGGAUCCCAAUCAGCCAAUCUGAGAUUGAGCUCUCAGCAGCGCAAGACCAGGAAGGCAUUCCAGCGGAACUUUGCACUGCAGCCAUGAGGAAAUGUCAUCAUAGAACUGGAGCUCUUGCUGCGUUUGACUCCUUCGACCAGUUCGUGCAAUAUUCUGAUGAGUUGCUGGACUUGGUACACGAUUUUGCCAGCACUGCUUCUGUUAGACGCGAGGACCUCCAAGCGCUGCAAGAAGGCAGCGAGAGCCGCGAUAGCACCAGCAUCAACGUAGGAGACUACGCCAAAAUGCCGGACGCUGAAGACGUGCCUUUAGAACCAAUUCACAUCAUCAUGGUUGGAGUCAGAGACAGCGGUGAAAGCGACGACAGCGUCAUAGCGAGACGCUUCGGAAACUUCUGUCGUGCCCAUAGACACGAAUUACACCAGAAGCGAGUACGAAGGAUCACCUUUAUGGCGCUUGUCAAGCGUCAAUUCCCCAAAUUCUUCACGUACCGAGCUCGCAACGACUUCAUUGAGGAUACCAUCUACCGCCAUCUUGAACCGGCUUCUGCCUUCCAGCUUGAAUUAUACCGAAUGAGGAGUUACGAGCUAGAAGCGCUUCCUACCAGCAACCAAAAGAUGCACUUGUACCUGGGCAAAGCUAAGGUGAAGAAGGGCCAAGAAGUGACAGACUACCGUUUCUUCAUCCGGUCCAUCAUCAGGCAUCAAGACCUCAUCACUAAGGAGGCCAGUUUCGAGUACCUUCAGAACGAGGGCGAAAGGGUGUUACUAGAGGCUAUGGACGAACUCGAAGUGGCGUUCUCUCAUCCGCUAGCAAAGAGGACAGAUUGCAACCACAUCUUCUUGAACUUCGGACCGACGGUCAUCAUGGACCCUGCUAAGAUCGAAGAAUCAGUGCUCGGCAUGGUGAUGAGAUACGGCCCCAGGCUGUGGAAACUUAGGGUUCUGCAGGCGGAGAUCAGAUUCACUCUGAGGAUCGGACCCGGAGCGCCCACCAAGAACGUGAGACUAUGCUUGUCCAACGGAUCCGGCUACUCUCUGGACAUUUACACCUACGAAGAGGUCUCCGAUCCUAGGACUGGAGUGAUAAUGUUCCACUCAUACGGAGCCCGCCAAGGCCCUAUGCACGGCCUGCCGAUAUCAACGCCCUACGUCACCAAAGACUACCUGCAGCAGAAGCGGUUCUUGGCGACGUCCCAAGGCACGACGUACGUCUACGACAUGCCUGACAUGUUCCGACAGACCGUUGAAAAGAGGUGGAGAGAGUGCAUCGAAGAAGGAACCGUCGACGGUCCGAUGCCAGACAACGUCAUGAGCAGUGUGGAGCUGGUCAUAGAGCCAGACGGCGAAAGACGAGUCGUGGAAGUGACGAGGCUGCCCGGACAGAACACUGUGGGCAUGGUGGCGUGGCGUCUAACCCUCUUCACGCCGGAAUGCCCCGAUGGCCGAGACAUCAUCCUGAUCGCCAACGAUCUGACGCACUUCAUGGGGUCUUUCGGGCCACAGGAAGACUGGGUGUUCUACAAGGCAUCGCAGUACGCGAGAGAACGGAAGAUUCCUAGGAUAUACAUAAGUGUCAACUCUGGUGCCCGGAUAGGCGUGGCAGAAGAGGUGAAAUCCGAGUUCAACGUGGCCUGGGUGGACGCGGAGAGGCCCGAGCGAGGCUUCAAGUACCUGUACCUCACGCCCGAGGCCUGCUCCAAGCUGGGCGCCGUCGGGGCCGUGAAGACGCGCCUGGUGGAGGACGACGGCGAGCCGCGCUACAGGAUCACCGACGUCAUCGGCAAGGAGGACGGCCUGGGCGUGGAGUGCCUCAGAGACGCCGGCCUCAUCGCCGGGGAGACCGCACAGGCCUACGAAGACAUCGUCACGAUAUCCGUGGUCACUUGCAGGGCCAUUGGCAUAGGGUCUUAUGUGGUCCGCCUCGGCCACCGCGUCAUCCAAGUGGAGUCAUCGUACAUCAUCCUCACAGGUCAUGCCGCUCUCAACAAAGUGCUCGGACGCCCUGUAUACGCCAGCAACAACCAACUGGGAGGCAUAUCUAUAAUGCACAAUAAUGGUGUCUCACACGCUUCUGCGCCGACCGACUUGGAAGCGAUCAGGACCGCUGUGAGGUGGCUGGCGUUUGUGCCCAAGGACAAACUAAGCAUGGUGCCCAUAAUGCGUUGCGCCGACCCCAUAGACCGACCAGUGGAGUGGGUCCCGCCUCGUGCGGCCCAUGAUCCGCGACUUAUGCUCACGGGGGACGCGGCCAAAGCGGGCUUCUUCGAUCACGGCUCGUUUGAUGAGAUCAUGAGGCCGUGGGCUCAGACUGUCAUUACUGGUCGCGCUCGCCUCGGCGGUAUCCCUGUAGGCGUGAUAGCGGUGGAAACGAGGACGGUAGAGAUUACUCUACCCGCAGACCCCGCCAAUCUGGACUCCGAGGCCAAGACUGUGCAGCAAGCUGGACAGGUGUGGUUCCCCGACUCCGCCUACAAAACGUCUGAGGCCAUCAACGACUUCUCCCGCGAGAACCUGCCCAUCAUCAUCUUCGCCAACUGGCGCGGGUUCAGCGGUGGUCAGAAGGACAUGUACGAACAAAUCCUGAAGUUUGGUGCGGAGAUCGUGCGAGCCUUAAGGGGGGCCACAGCACCCGUCAUAGUCUAUAUCCCCCCCGGGGCCGAACUAAGGGGCGGCGCGUGGGCGGUCGUCGACCCCAGCGUCAACUCGCUCAGGAUGGAGAUGUAUGCCGACCCCGAGGCCAGGGGCGGAGUGCUGGAAGCCGAGGGUAUCGUGGAGGUGAAGUUCAAGCAGCGCGACAUCCUCAAGACAAUGCACAGGAUGGACCCCGAACUGUUGCGUCAGAGCGCUAGGAUUGCGGAAUUAAAAGAACAAAUCAAGGAAAUAUCGAAGAAUCUCGACCGACGCGGCUCCAUCGACGAUGUGUUGAUCAAGACUGACGUCGGUAAACAAGCGGAAUCCAAAGUACGUGAGCUGGAAACCGAGCUCCUCGCCGCCGAGAAGGCAGUGAAGGCUCGCGAAAAGGAGCUCAGCCCGAUCUACCACGAGGUCGCGGUGCAAUUCGCGGAACUACACGACACGGCUGAAAGGAUGCUGGAGAAAGGAUGCAUAUUCGACAUAAUCCCAUGGCGCGACUCCCGCCGGCUGCUAUACUGGCGUCUCAAGCGCCUCCUCCGACAGAACGAGCAGGAACGAAGGGUCCAAGCAGCCAUGGGCCCCACUAUGGACCAGGGGGCCGCCGCCGCUACGCUUAGAAGGUGGUGCGCGGAGGAUAAAGGAGAAACUCAGUCCCACCAGUGGGAGCACGACAACGAGGCGGUGUGCAAGUGGUUAGAGGCGCAAGCUGCCGAUGAGAAUUCAGUGCUGGAGAGAAACCUGCGAGCCAUUAAGCAAGACUCUGUACUGCAAACUGUCAACUCGCUUGUAUUGGAACUAACACCUUCCCAACGCGCCGAAUUCAUAAGAAAUUUGUCAUCAUUAGACUUGGACCAGUAAAGCUUAUUUCCCAAAUAAUACCCACAAUAUUUGCAUUAUAAUAUAAAAACACAUUAUUUGAAAAUAAUGAUACAGAUUUAUCAUUACUACAAUUUGUAAUGAUAGUGAUUUUAUUUUCAUAAAUAGUGUUGUAAACGUUAAAUGGCUGAUAUAUUUCAUAUCGCUAUAGAUAGGAGAGGCAUGUUUCAAUAAUAUACGUAAUAUACAUAUAAUAAUGUAUUAGAAAUAAUGAAUUGCUUAUAGAAACGCUUAUAUGCAAUAUUUUUUUCAAAUUAAAAAACGUCUUACAUUUAUUUCCGUUGCUGAUUUUGUGGGUUUUAAUAAUUAGUUGAUUUUAUGUUUGUAUAACAUAAUUUACACAUUAAUAAAACACAUCAUGUAAGCUAUACUUUAUUUUUCUAGAGAAUACGUUAUUUGCAACGCCAAUUAUUGGUAUCAUUAAAGAUUGUAAUUAUUAUUUAAUCAUCUUAAUGAUAAAAAUAAACAGUGUGAUAUAUUCUCUACUAAAAUAAGUCGUUGUAUAGUUUAAUUAGAUUAGUUCUUACAGAUUUAUUUAUUUUAUAUUUGCGAACAAAUUAUAAUUCAUUUUAUAGAUAAAUGAAUGUAUGAAUGGUUAUUUGGUAGAAGUCAAACAUGAGUUAUAAUUAUUAACUGCUUUAAAUAAAUACUUGCAGGUAUGAAAUAAAUUCAAUCAUUAAUGAUAAUUUUGCAAAACAUGUCAUUUUUUAAUGAAUGGCCUUCAAACAUUCCAAGGGUUUCUCUGAAAUGAAACAAAAUUAAAUCUUCAUAUUAAAACUUAUUUAUAAUUAUUUUUAAACAAACAUUCGGGUCUUUUUGCCAUAGUUUUAUCACAAUCUUCUAUUAGCCAUAGUAAACGAUUGUUUAUAAUAUACCCGACAGCGUAGAAGAGGGUAAUGUUUUUUUAUAUUUGUACGCGUAAUUAUGUCAGUUUUUGAAAUCUUUUAGGUGCUUUUGUAUGAAAAAAACAAAUAAUUUCAAAAUACAUAUUCUAGGUGCAGCGCUUAACUUAGUCAGUGCCUGAGGCAUGGGAGCGGCACGGGAGGGUGUUUUUGAGACGUCAAAUGUCAGCGAUAUAGAUGACCCACGCUGAACUGUCCCACCAAACUCAAUGACAGGGGGGCGCUACCAUCGUUCAACUAUAUGGCUUCCAACAUGGCAAAAAUCGGAACCAGCGAUCCGGUAUUGACGGUGGCGCCCCGCUGUCAAUGUCAUGCGUAGGACAGUUCAGUAUUUUGGAACUAUACUUCAGAUUUCUUUCAAAUUUGUAUGCUAACGUCAUAAUAAUAAUAUAGUUCUAAAAUACUGAACUGUCCUACGCAUGACAUUGACAGCGGGGCGCCACCGUCAAUACCGGAUCGCUGGUUCCGAUUUUUGCCAUGUUGGAAGCCAUAUAGUUGAACGAUGGUAGCGCCCCCCUGUCAUUGAGUUUGGUGGGACAGUUCAGCGUGGGUCAUCUAUAUGUCAAUGUCACCCCUCACUCCCAUACCUCAAGCACUGAUUGAGUUAAGGGCUAGACUUAUAAUAUAUUUCACUAUGGUGUACGUUUGUAUUUUUCACGAAACCUAUAGCUGUCUUCAAACUAUUCCUAUGUUAGCACAAUUAUUUACAUUCCUAUACUUAGUUAUAUUCCUUUAUUAUGUUUGUUUGUUGAUUUGUUAUCUGUUUGUGAUUACGUUUUUAUUUUAAUUGUGUCGAUAGCAUUGCGUUUUCAUGAUGUACAGGUUGUUUUUUAAUCAUAUAAUUUUUUUCAGUUAUAUUUUAAAAAGAAGUUCUAACCGAAUAAAAAAGUUUCUCUCUUUCUUUCUUUAAUCAAUAUCAAAACACUCUUUAUUUAAACACACACACUGUAUAAUAAUGAAAACCAAAAUGCUAUCGAUAAAAAAUCGGCAUAUAUGAACACAAAAUCGAAUGAAAUUCGAUUAGUGCAAUCGAUUUAUCGGCAAACUUAGUUGUAUAACUUGCUGUGUCGAAAUAUAACAAAAGUUUACACAAACAAAAAUAAUUUGGUACAUUUUGAAUGAAAAUGGUGCUUUUUCAGUUUCGUUUUCGAUGUAAUUAGUUAUACAGUUUUGCCAAUUUUAGUUCAAUGCAUGUUAUGUUUAGUGAGUAAUACCCCGUUUUCUGAAAAUUCAAUCGAAUUGCAAUACAGCAAUAUAUUUUAUCAUCAUCAUCAGAUAAUUUAUUCUCCACUGCAGGAGCACGACCCUCUAAUUGACCAGAGGCAAGAGGAUUUGUCCUACACUCCCCACGCUGGCCAGACGGGCUGGGGAUGUUAUAUUUAUGUAAACAUUUUUUAUUUAUUUUAUUUAGUAGGACAACCUACAUUAUAUUAUUAUUAUGCAUUUAAAUACGUUUAUCCGUUAUUAUAAUUAGAGAAACUUAAAUAAUUCAAUGGAACAUUCAGAAAGCGGGGUAGCCUAUUUAUUUUUGUAAAAUAGGCAACAAUACGAUGGUUUAAAUUAUUUAUGAUAAUUAGGGAUGGUACGGUCGUAGGGGGCGGAUAGUGACACGUUGCUAUAGAUGUAGUGUUAUGUAAUAAAUGAUUGAAAAAUA